GGGGGGAGGGGCGAAGGCCGCCACCGCCUGAGGGAACGGGACGGGGACGGGGACGGAAACGGGGCGGUGCUGGGUCGGGCCUGUCCCGUCCUGUGAUGUCCUGUCCCGUCUCCUCUCCUCCCGUCUUCCUCCCGCCCCCCGCCGCGGCCCGGCAUCGGCGGCAUCUCCUCCUCCGCCUGCUGGGGUGCUUAACCAACCAAAGAGGUUAUGAAUAUCAUCUGUGGUCUGAAGUUGCCGGGCAGGAGCUGUAUUUUCUUUCGUUUGGCUUCUUUGACCAAGCAGGGGAAGUACAACAAGCUCUACAGGUCUUACACAGGACGUUGCCAAAUCCAAGUCAGUUCUAUACAAGAUAGAUGCCGAAGGCUGGAUUUGAGUGGAAAUAUUAGAAACUGUUUUUUGACUGAAAGCCCUGACUAUUGUAGAAACUUUCUUGGUCAAGGACAGAGGUGUCUUUUGAACGUCCCAAAAACAGAAGUAUGGAAGAAUGCACCUCACGGUUCAGGAAGGUUUUGCUUUCAGUCUUCUCCGCUGCUGGGGGAGAAGAUCACGUCCUUCCAAAUCAGUUCUGCAGGGCUACGCCCAAGUCAUUUUUCUGCUUGGAACAUUCAAAUCGCCAGUUUUUUUCACACAUCACCAUUAAUUCAGGCUGCACCUGUUCCUCUCUUCUGGAUUAUUGUUAAGCCAGCUCAGAAACUAUUUGCUAUCAUUCUUGGCAGGAGCAUAAGAAAUUGGUGGAAGGCACUUCCUCCUAAUAAACGGGAACUUUUUAAAGAAAGUGCAAGGAGAAAUAAAUGGAAGAUACUCCUGGGUGUCAGUAGCUUAGGAGUUUUAUUUGUUGUGUUUUAUUUUACUCACUUGGAGGAGACACCCAUCACUGGGCGUGCCCGGCUGUUGGUGUUUGGAAAAGAGCAUUUUAGGCAGCUGUCACAGAUGGAGUAUGAUAUGUGGAUGGAGGAAUUCAAAAGUAAAAUGCUGCCUGAGACGGAUGCGCGCUAUCAGGUUGUGAGGAGCGUUGUUGGUCAUUUAUCUGAGAGCAACAAGGACGUCCCACAGGUCUCGGCACUCGACUGGGUUAUCCAUGUGGUAGAUGAACCAGGAGUAAAUGCCUUUGUGCUUCCAAAUGGUCAAGUAUUUGUUUUCACUGGAUUGCUAAAUGCAGUUUCUGAUAUCCAUCAACUGUCUUUCAUUCUGGGGCAUGAAAUAGCUCAUGCUGUGCUGGAACACGCAGCAGAGAAAGCCAGUCUGGUUCACUUCUUGGAUUUCCUAUCACUCAUCUUUCUCACUAUGAUUUGGGCCAUCUGUCCUCGUGAUAGUUUGGCGGUUGUUGGCCAGUGGAUUCAGAGUAAGUUGCAGGAGUUUAUGUUUGAUAGACCGUACAGCAGAACGUUGGAGGCUGAAGCUGAUAAAGUGGGACUUCAGUUUGCAGCAAAGGCUUGUGUGGAUGUAAGAGCAAGCAGUGUGUUUUGGCAGCAGAUGGAAUUAGCAGAAGCCAUUCAAGGGCAGCCCAAGUUACCAGAGUGGCUCUCCACGCACCCUUCACAUGAAAAUAGAGCUGAGCACUUGGACCGGCUUAUUCCAGAGGCUCUUAAAAUAAGAGAGCGCUGCAAUUGUCCAUCUCUUUCUGGACCUGAUCCUCGCCUUAUUUUCAAACUAAACAUGCAACAUCUCCUGGAAUCGUCUAAAGUUCAAGAAACUCAAAAUUCUACAGAGCAAGCUCUCUCAAAACCAAAACUGGAUUUUCCUCACACUCAAAAAGUGGAAGACAUACCAGUAACUUUUGCAGUUAAACCUACGAACUAAUGACGACAAUUAUUCCAUUUUAUGAAGCUGUUGGUCUCUGAGGGUCUAUCUUUUAGGGCACAUUUGUCUUUGAACCAUAAAGAAGAUCUAGCCGCCUAUAUUCUGUGUUUCUUUCAUGCAGUCUCUCACUCAAAGCAAUAAGGAGUUGUGCCCACACAAGAAGAUCAUCACGUUGGAGCAGAAAGUUUCUUAUUCAUCAAGGGUUACUAAAAUAAAUGACUUCUCAGGGGAAAGAUAAUCUCGUACAAUCCAGUCACACAGUGUAAUUUUCAGCUUUAUCAGGCUCACCUUGAUCAGAGGACAGAUGAGCCAGAAGCGUCCCUAAAGCAGAGGAAAAAGUACAAUUUUCAUCACUUAACUUGUCUGGUUUAUCUUGCUGUAAUUUGGGUUAGAUCUGUUCAGCUUCAUUUGAGAAAAAAUGAUGAGAGCUUACUGCCUGUUCCACAUAUAGAAUGUUUAAAAAUAUUAAGCUGAGAUGCAGUAAUAGCCCAUGGGCUAGAUACACCCCCACUUAAUUAGGUGGAUUUACUGCUGGGAUUUUUCUCCUUUCUAAGGCAUUUGAGGGUAUGGAUUAAUUCAACAUUUUUCUUCAAAGCAACCUGAAAGGGUUGUACAAAGUUCAAUUAAAAAAAUAAGUUAAAUUAUUUUCAAGGAAGGCUUUCUUCUAAAAAACAUUUUAUAAGAACCACAAUCUUUAGCCCCGGAAUGCUUUGCAAGGAUAAGUGUGUUUUAAAUUAUGAGAGUGCCUUAUCAGAGGCCAGUAUUACUUUAGAGAUAGUUGAGCUGGAUAGAUCAGUCUGGAUAGAAGUGAUUGCUGAUGUGGAAGUAUAUUAUGUAGCAGACAAAUACAAUUUCUUGACUGCACAGCUUUAGCAGUUGUACCUAAUCCAAGAAGGCGACCACUCUGCAGGAAACCUCCAUCUAAUGCUGUGCAUAUAUAUACAUAAAAAAGCACAAAACAAAACUCAGAGCCAAAAACCACAACCACACAAGGAGAAGAACACCCUCCAGCCUCUCCUGAAGCCACACCUUUCUUACUGUGGAGACCAGUAUGCACAAGAUAGGUAAAGCUCUGCCUUCUGUGAUGGAGUACCUCAUGUAGCCAGCAUGUUAAUUUUUAUUUGCAACUGUCUGAGUUGUCGAUGCUUUGCACCUGAUGAAACUACUGAAUGUUAUCUUACAGAAAGACAUAGAAAGAGGCAGCAGAGAUUGAAAACAAAAAAAAGGAAAUCCCUUUCUCUUAUCUGUUAAGAUGUAUCUGCUGUUCUGUUGUUGUUUCUCCUUUUGUAUGGAAACAAAGAUUUGUUUCACGUAUGGUGGGGUUUUAUGUGGAGGGGACAUUCAAAACAUAGUACAGUGUAUGGUUAUUUGAAACAUUCUUUUUUAUACGCGGUGGAGGGCAGACUAUCAUAUUUAUUCAAUUUAAUCAGAAUGCAAGUUUUUUAAGGAAAAAACAACCUAUUCAUCGCUGUCUGUGAAUAUAGUUGGAUAAAAAGGUUGUGAAACAAGUAAUUUCUUUACUGACUUCAGCCAACGAACUGGGGGUCCUUGGAGAAAUGCCAGCAACUACUUAACUUACUUCUGUUCAGAGGUAAGUCGAUGUGUCUGUAACGUUGGAUGUUGAUGAUUCUAGGCCUGAUUACAUAGGUCUAGAUUGGCAGCAUAUUGCUUACAAGCUGUUUUUAAAUCUUGCCAGUCCUACUGGCAAGAGGCAGAAGGUCCAGCCUGACCAUUAUUCAUCCAUCCGGUUUUAUUCUUAGUGACAGGAGUUUUUGUAACGGACAUUCAGUGAUGUGUUAAAGCACUUGGACAUUGUCACCUGAAGGUAAACAGAAAAAUACACCAUUUAGAUUUCCCUGUGGACCUUAUAGUUUAUACUGCAACACCACGACCCCAGUGCUGCUGCCUCUUUCUUGCUCCAGUGUCAAAGCUUGUUUCGUUACCCAGGGCUCCUGCAUGACAUGGGACUUGAUGUUUGUGUCUGUUAGGACUAAGGAGAACAGAGAAGAGUUUUUAUAGCAUUCAGGAUGAAGUGUGCAAAUACACAGGUUUCUUACUUCUACUGCCUGUUCUAAGUGGGUUAAGUAUUGCAGCAGAAUGUCGGAGAUGCAAUUGUAAAGCUCACCAGGGGAGAUGUUUUUAAAAUUUGUAUGUAAAUAGGCUUGUAGCCAUGAUGGUGGUGAUGAGAAAGACAAGGUUUUGAGGGAGAGAUAUUAGCUUAUAUUAGACCGACAAAGGGCUGUUGUGCUUUUUCCAGCAAUACAGAUGUAAUAAAAGGUAUCUUCUGACUAGCCGUACAUACACAGGUGCACAUGCCAGCACACACAUGUACACACAACACAGAGUUAGCCCUCUGCAUUAAAGCUCUAGAAUUUUACUGUUAAAAAAGGGAUGUUGAAGAUUUCACUUUUUACUUUACAUAUUGAAUUAUUCCUAACAUUUUUCUUAAAUGCUUUGGGAGGGGUUUCUUCUUCUUUUCUUGACUGCCCAACACAAGAAUGCCUUGUGCUCAUCUGCAUCUCAGUAGGUACUUUUUUCUUAAACUCUUAUUAAAUACUAUACAUCGCGUCUGCGUAUAUUGCAAAAAAAGUAUUUUCUUUUUUCUUGCUUGAACAGAUAAAAAUUAACAAAUAUAAAUGGUGCUUUCCACUGGUUUGAGAAGCCAUGGUGAAAAUUGCACUUUUAAAAUUGGAGAGCAUAUAAUGAUUUGAAAUUAUUAUGAAAGUAAUUUAAAAAUAUAUAUCAUAGGAAAAUAACGGUGAUUGCAAGCAUUGGAUGAUCUGUGGAAGCUUUGCAUCGGAGGUGGGUGACUUAGUAUACUGCAGGAAAAAUAGAUCUAGAAGUGUAUUUGAAGGAAUUCAGUACUUGAAAGAUGCCUACCGUCCAAGAGGGAGAUUAGUGGCUAAGGUGACAAAAGGUUAGAUGGAUCAGUAAAAAUGCAUCUGUAUUUCUACUGCCAGCACUGCAUGCUGUAAUUCACUAGCUUCCUGUAGAAAGAUUAAGUAUAUAGUACAAAUUGUACUAAAGAUCUUAAUGCAUUUGCUGUUGUGGGAGCGUUGAGAGAGAUGACAAGCAGGGGAACGUGCAUACAAGGCAGUCCUGGAAUGGUUCCUUAUAACUUCUUGGUUGUCAUAUUUGCCUUUUU